AUGGCAGACUCCAGCAAAACCCGGCAUUUUCGCUUACGGCCGAUGACUCAGCUCGGGCUUACGACUACUUACCCCGCCAGCGGAGAUAACAAGCUGCCAUACGGCCGACCGACUUCAUCGCCAGCUUUCAUGGAGCCCCAACCCCGACGCCGCCGCCGGCCGGCUCUGUCAUGCCUUGCUUGUCGGCGUCGCAAGAUCAAAUGCGACCGCAAGGACCCUUGCACACACUGCGUCUCAGCCAGGUAUACGUGUACCUACAAGGUUUACCGCGAUAGCCCCGUCACCCCGCACCCGCCCGAGUCAACCUCGACCCAAGACAGGCCAAUCACCGAGCCUCAUAGCCAGCUAUCCGGCUCCCGAGUCGUGGCAGCAGCGGCAGGACAGGACGAUACUUUGACCGAUAUUGGCAACGACGCCCGUAACGAUACCCCACCACGUGCGCCCACAUCAGAGGCCGAACCAGUGCAGCAACCUACAGCAUCCAGUCCGAUCAAAGCACUAACAGAGACUGGCCGGGACAUACUUGAGCGUCAGUCUGGUCUGCAGGACUCUCAGAUAACUCUGAACAAAACGAGGACGCUGAGAUGGAGCAACUGGUUGGGGACGGCCCCGGAGUUCGCAACUAUCGAUGCAUGCUUUGCCGAAGCGACUGGUACUGGAAAGGGGCCCUCGUUCCAGGGCGGCGAAACUGGAGCGCUGGUUGCACAGAUGGGACACCUCCUCCUGAAAUGCAAAGAGAUAGCAAGGAAGCUCAAGGUCGGACGGCCAAGUCGGCGUCUCUCGCGCCCGGGAUUCAGCCUUGCAUUCCCUUCUCGUGAGGUAUCAGACAAGAUGGCAUCCCUGUAUUUCCAGUCCUAUGAGUCCACCCACCGGAUACUCCACGUCUCUACCUUUUGGGCCGAGUACGAGAGAUACUGGAGAGAUCCCGAGAGUGCCCCAAUCGAUUUGCGCCUGAAGAUUCUGCUCGUCAUUGGGAUCGGAUCAAGCCUGCACGAGCAUGGCGACGCAGACGCCGGAUUCCGCAACAUGGUUCAUCAAUGGGUCUAUGCCGCUCAGUCGUGGCUUUCCGGGCCACUGGAAAAGGACCGCCUGGAGGUAUCCGGCCUACAGAUCCACUGCUUGUCGAUCUUGGCGAGGCAGAUCUUCUCAAUCGGCGGCGACCUGGUGUGGGUGUCAAUGGGAUCGGUCAUCCACCGAGCCAUGCAGAUUGGCUUGCACCGUGAUCCCAAACAUCUUCCGGCCAUGUCCGUGCUGCAAGCCGAACUCCGCAGGAGGCUGUGGGCGACCAUACUCGAGAUGGUCGUGCAGUCGUCUUUGGACUCGGCCAUGCCGCCCAGGAUCUCUUUUGACGACUUUGACACGCAGGCACCCUCCAACAACGACGACGAUGAGAUGAACGACUCGACCACAACGCUUCAACCCCACCCCAAGGGUACCUACACCACGACCUCGAUUCAGCUCCUCUUACUCGAUUCCCUGCCAACUCGCCUCCGCGUCCUCCACCUUCUAAACGGCCUGCGCUCCGAACUCUCUUACUUGGACGUUCUCGCGCUGAGCUCAGAGAUCACCGACGCAUACUGCGCAUGUAGCAGCUUCAUGAGAGCGAACGAGCGAUCCGGCAUAACGCCGUUCCACCGCAAUCUACUAGACUACCUGAUUCGCCGGUUCAUGGUCCCCCUGCACUGCCCGUUCGCCAGCAAAGCGCGGACGAACCCGCUGUUCCACUAUUCGCUCAAGGCCAGCCUGGACACCGCCAUGGCUAUCGUCUCGCCCGAGCCGGACGAAGGCUUCUCUCAUCUCAUGGCCAUCGGCGGAGGCAUGUUCCGGGAAGGCUUCAGGUACGCGUGCACCGUCAUCAGCCUCGAGCUCAUUGCCCAGGCUGAAGCCCAACGGCUUGACGGGACGCUUCACCGCAACUCCCAAUACUUGGACCUUCUCAGGAAGGCUGUGAAAGACUUGAUGUGGCUGUCGUUGGACCGCAUUCGGCAAGGCGAGACUAACAUCAAGAGUCACAUGUUUCUGAGCAUGGUUGUGGCUCAGGUCGAGGCGAUAGAAGGAGGCACAGCGUGCGAGUUGAAGGUUGCCCAGAGUGCAAAGGACAGUCUUGAAUUUUGCCGUGAUCUGUUACAGACACGGGCUGACUUUCUUGCUCUAUCGGACAACAAUGAUCCAGGCCCGUUGUCGGCUAGUCCAGGUAGCGGACAAGGGGGCUUUGGUUUUGGAUUCGACUUGGAUUUUGAGUUUUCCUUCCCAGAUGCGGGCUUUUCCUGA